UCCCUGACACAAGAGACCAUGGUCAAGCGAGUUGCAAUUAUUGGAGCUGGUGUGAGUGGCCUCACCUCCAUCAAAUGCUGCUUGGAAGAGGGGCUGGAGCCCACCUGCUUUGAAAGGAGUGCUGACAUCGGAGGCCUAUGGCAAUUCACAGAAUAUGUUGAAGAGGGCAGGGCUAGCCUUUAUAAAUCUGUUGUUACGAACAGCAGCAAAGAGAUGUCCUGUUUCUCAGAUUUUCCUUUCCCAGAGGAUUUUCCAAACUUUGUGCCACACUCCCAAUUUUUGGAAUAUCUCAAGAUGUAUGCAAACAAGUUCAACCUUCUGAAAUGUAUCUGUUUCAAGACCGUUGUCCGCAAUGUGAAAAAAUGUCCAGAUUUCUCUGUCUCUGGCCAGUGGGAGGUAGCCACUGAACAUGAAGGGAAGAAAGAGUCAGCCAUAUUUGAUGCUGUCAUGGUCUGCACUGGUUAUCUCACUGACCCAUUUUUGCCACUAGAUACUUUACCAGGUAUCAACACCUUUAAAGGUCAGUACUUUCAUAGCAGGGAGUACAAGCAUUCAGAUCUAUUCAAGGAUAAGAGAAUCCUUGUGAUUGGCUUGGGGAACUCUGGCACAGAUAUUGCUGUGGAGGCCAGUCAUGUGGCUAAAAAGGUCUUGCUCAGCACCACUGGAGGUGCGUGGGUAAUGAAUCGAUUUCUUGACCAUGGGUAUCCUUGGGACAUGUUGUUCUCUUCUCGAUUUAAAAAUGCAUUAAGAGAUUGCCUCCCAACUUCAGUUGUAAACUGGUUACUUGGCAAACUAGCAGAUAGCUGGUUUGAUCAUGCAAACUAUGGUUUGGUUCCAGAAAACAGGACUUUCCUAAGAGAACCAGUACUGAAUGGUGAGCUCCCAGGACGCAUACUUACUGGGAAGGUGUUGAUUAAAUCUAGGGUGGAGAAAGUGAAGGAAAAUUCUGUGGUGUUUAAGAAUACUCCAGAAGAAGAGCCUAUUGAUAUAAUUGUCUUGGCCACAGGAUAUACUUUUUCUUUUCCUUUCCUUGAUGAAUCUAUAGUGAAAGUUGAAAACAAUCAGGCUUCUUUGUAUAAGUACGUAUUCCCUGCACAUCUGGAAAAACCAACACUGGCUGUCAUUGGCCUCAUCAAGCCCACAGGAUCCUUGAGUUCUACAUCAGAAGUACAAGCCCGAUGGGUCACACGAGUCCUAAAGGGCUUGAAUAAACUACCACCACCAGAGGCCAUGAGAGAAGACAUUAACCGAAGGAAAGCAAAUAAAGCCACUGGGUUUGGUAUACACUUCAAUCAGGUUUUGGAAACAAAUUACAUCACAUACGUAGAUGAGCUCUUGUCCUUCAUCAAUGCAAAACCCAACUUGUUAUCAAUGUUCCUGGUGGACCCACUACUGGCUUUUAAGGUUUUCUUCGGGCCACUUACUUCAUACCAGCAUCGUCUGACUGGCCCAGGGAAGUGGGAUGGAGCCAGGAAUGCCAUUCUGACCCAGUGGGACCGGACAAUCAAGCCAACAAAAACUCGAGUUGUACAAGAGCCUCCAGAUGCUUUUUCCUACCUCCUCAAAGUCUUCAGCUUUUUGGCUCUACUUGUGGCUAUAUUCCUUAUUUUCUAAUAGCUGAAGCCUGUGGUUCCUUAGACCAAAUGCACAGGGUAGCAGAGUAAUCUCCUAGAUCCUCCAUCAGAGCAGAGCUUUCCCUCAUGUGCCUCAUUCUCAGGAUAACUAACUUGAGACCUUACUCUUUUCACCUGGAAUCCACAUUCCCUCUAGAAACUCUGUGAAAGCCCUAUAUGCCAAUAGUCUUCAGGGGGUACUUUUCCCAUCCUUGUCCCUCUCCAGCUAUGUACUGACCUCUAUAUUCUACCUACCUAU